AUGUUUCUUCUGCUGUCUGCACUCCAAGUCCUGGCUGUAGCCAUUGCCCAGAACCCAGGGGAUGACAACAAGGUAAUUGGAGGCUAUUCCUGCAUCCGGAACUCCCAGCCGUGGCAGGUGGCUCUCCUGGCUGGGGCUGGACGUCGGUUCUUGUGUGGAGGGGUCCUGCUGUUGGACCAGUGGGUCCUCACCGCCGCUCACUGUGCCCGCCCGAUCCUUUAUGUUUCCCUGGGCAAGCACAACCUCAGGAGGUGGGAGGCCACCCAGCAAGUGCUGCACGUGCAGCGCCAGGUGCCACACCCAAGUUACAACGCCCGGACUCACGACAGCGACCUGAUGCUGCUGCGGCUGCGGCAGCGAGCACGCAUAGGGAGGGCAGUGAGACCCAUCGGCCUGGCCCGGUCCUGCGCCAGCCCCGGAACAUCCUGCCUUGUGUCAGGCUGGGGCACCACAUCCAGCCCUAUAGCCAGGUACCCUAGUGCUCUACAGUGCGUCAAUAUCAACAUCUUCUCAGAUCAAGCUUGCCAGCAGGCCUAUCCUAACGCCAUCACUGAAGGCAUGGUCUGCGCUGGAGUCCCCCAGGGCGGAAGGGACUCUUGUCAGGGUGACUCCGGGGGCCCCCUCGUGUGUGGAGGACAGCUCCAGGGGCUCGUGUCCUGGGGGAUGGAGCGCUGCGCCAUGGCUGGCUACCCCGGGGUCUACACCAACUUGUGCAAGUACCGAAGCUGGAUCCAGAGAACGAUGCAGGGUCAGUGA